GCCGCAGCCGGGCGCCGGGACCCGCGCGGCCCCUCCUCCUGGGGGGGCCCCACCCCUCCGCGGUCCUCCUUCGCUUCCCUCUACCUCCUUCUCCUCUCCUCCCCCCUCUCCCCCCUCCCCCCUCCUCCCGGGCCCCUGGAAGAGGCAGGGCUGGAGCCCUGAGCAGCCGCCGCUCCUCCUCCCCGCAGGCCGGCGGAUGAGUCAGCUGACGGCGGCGCCCCAGCCUCUCCUCGCCGCGCCGCGCGCUCCGCGCUCCCCCGAAGUGGCUGCGAGCCGGCCGCCCACUUUCAGGGUUUGGGGGACAGACAGAGUGGUGUGCGCCUUCUAGAGCCGCGCCGAGCCGCCGCCGGAGCCGCUUCGCCGUGUCAACUUUCUCCCCCCACGUCUGCUCCCGACCCGGCCCUGAACCCGCCCCAGAGCCGCUUUGGGCGCGGGCGCCUGGGCGAGGGGGGUCGCCGGCCGUCCAGGAUGGCUUCCAAUUUUAAUGACAUAGUGAAGCAAGGGUACGUGCGGAUCCGGAGCAGACGCCUGGGGAUAUAUCAGCGAUGCUGGCUAGUAUUCAAGAAAGCUUCAAGCAAAGGUCCGAAAAGACUGGAGAAAUUUUCUGAUGAACGUGCUGCAUAUUUUAGGUGUUAUCAUAAGGUUACAGAGCUCAACAACGUGAAGAAUGUAGCUCGGUUGCCCAAGAGCACCAAGAAACACGCCAUAGGGAUUUAUUUCAAUGAUGAUACCUCCAAGACCUUCGCUUGUGAAUCAGAUCUGGAGGCCGAUGAAUGGUGCAAAGUCCUCCAGAUGGAGUGUGUGGGCACGCGGAUCAAUGACAUCAGCCUCGGAGAGCCUGACUUGCUGGCUACUGGGGUUGAGAGAGAACAGAGUGAGAGAUUCAAUGUGUAUUUGACGCCGUCCCCUAACUUAGAUGUUCAUGGCGAAUGUGCCUUGCAGAUUACAUAUGAGCACAUCUGUCUUUGGGACGUCCAGAAUCCCAGAGUCAAACUCAUCUCUUGGCCGCUAAGUGCCCUGCGACGGUACGGGCGAGAUGCUGCUUGGUUCACUUUUGAGGCAGGGAGGAUGUGUGAAACUGGGGAAGGGCUGUUUAUCUUUCAAACGCGAGAUGGGGAAGCCAUCUACCAGAAGGUCCACUCCGCUGCCCUGGCGAUAGCGGAGCAGCACGAGCGCUUGCUCCAGAGCGUGAAAAAUUCAAUGCUCCAGAUGAAGAUGAGCGAGCGGGCCGCCUCCCUGAGCACCAUGGUGCCCUUGCCCCGCAGCGCCUACUGGCAGCACAUCACGCGGCAGCACAGCGCCGGGCAGCUCUGCCGCCUGCCAGAUGUCUCCAGCCCUCUGAAGCUUCAUCGGACAGAGACUUUCCCUGCCUACCGAUCCGAGCACUGACGGAUGCUUCGGAGCAUGGAGAAUCGUUGUGUGACACACCUGUGAUGUGUUGGCCGCUGCAGAUCCACCGGGAGGCCACAGGAUGACGGCGAGGGGAGCCAUGAAGGGAAGAGGCUGGGAGUCCUGGCGAAUUGGGUGGUCACUGGGAAACUGCAAUGCAAUAUUUGUCUCUUUCUUUAAAAAAAAAAAACAACAAAGAAAUCUUAGCGUGAUUGAAACAUGCUCUGUAGAUAUCGACUUUUUGUUCCCUCUUUUACAGCUGGACAGAAAGGAGUCAAUGCCACAGAAUGAUUUUCUAUUGUAGAUACCGUGUCCCCUGCACUUCUCUGAAUCUGUUCUUUUGUGGAUUCUUGUGAUUUUUCCUUCUGAGUGUUUCAAUUGUAUGACAGUCGGUACUGAUAAUAAAAUGGCUCUUCAUUAUUUGUUAUCCAUU